AUGCGGACAAGGGCUGAUAACUUCACCCCAUUCGCGGAUCGCCCUACCGCGGGCCAAGCCGGUGCCCAUAUCUUCCGUGCACUACGUCGGCCAAUCGUCUGGGUCAUCUUUUUUGGAAUGAUCAUAGCCUGGUGGGGUGUAACCGGUGUUACGACAGCUAUAAGGAAAUGGGACUCAGUUCAAGAAGGCCGCAAACCUGUUCAAAUCUAUGCACACGACGGGGCGGGGUAUCUCCCAAUUAUCAAUGAACUCUGCGGAUCGGAAGUUCAUGCCUGGGACAUUUGUUUCCCUAGAUAUUCGCAUAAAAAGCGGGUGCAUAAAUGCAAAAAACAGAUAAAAACAUUGGAGGCCUGUGCUCAUUCUGCCCAGGAAGCCGAGAAAGCUUGCUACCACUCAGAUCCAACACUGAGCGAAACGGGUGUCUAUAGCUGCGCCAGAAACCUGAUGGCCAAAUAUUGA